AUGUUAAUCCACUGUUCGCUCAUUAUCCAAGAUCUAACUGCUGCACGGCCGAACACACGGUCCCUCAGGUCGUGUGUAAUGACCAAACAAGAAAACGACGAAUACUAUGUGUGUGUGAAGAACUCCAUGUACCCGACCAUUAAAUCGUACAAACUCACCAUGUUGCAAAACAUUUACCGCAAUUUCAUCAAAGAAGGCAAGAUGGGAUUGGAGUUCAGCGAGCCCAGACAAGCAUUGUUGAUAGUAUGCGAAGACAAGAACCUGCUUUACAUGUUCUACCGUCAAAUUAAAAACAUUAUUGACGGGAACAAUGUAAUCAUCAGUACACGUCCAAUGCCUAAGCGUGUACCUUCUAAAAAUGAAAUUUUAAAUCGUUUUCAUCCAUCGACAAUGUAUUUUGUAGCCAAUAGUCAUUUUGACAACCGUAUAUUGAACAUGAGAUUUUUGAGUAAUCUUGUGUUGGAAGACUGUGAUUUACCAACAAUUCCUGCACAAGUUGGCUAUUUACCCGUUAAAUAUCUUAGCAUUACAGGUAGUAAACUACCUACUUCAAAAAAUGAACAAGAUGUCUUCUGGAAUUUUAUAUCUCAUAACACAAUUUCCUAUACAUUAAGAACCUUAAAAAUGGAUUCCGUUGGUAUCAAAAAAUUGCCAUUUGAAAUAUUCUUCUUGAUAAAUCUAGAAACGUUAUCUGCAUCCAAUAAUAGUCUGGCAUAUUUACCUCACUUUCUUGGUAAUCUUAGGAGACUCGAAAACUUAUUUGUUGCUGACAACUUGUUAGUAUACUUUCCUCAUAUUUUAUCUUGUAGAACCUUCAAAGAAAUCGACAUAUCAAAUAACUCGUUUCAGUUACCGAAAUCCUUAAUGUUCGACCACAUAACUAAUUAUUUACAAAUAUUUGGAAAUUCAGAGAAAGGUAGUUUUGAAUUAGAUAUAAAACCAUUAAGUCAUUUGGCAUUUUUCAAUUUGCUGCAUUAUUGGAUACCAUUUAAGAGGCAGGAUAUUCCGCGUAAUCUUUGGACAUACUUUGAAGUGGUUGGUCGCUGUAUGUUGUGUAAAAAAUGGAUACUGCCAGAAUACUCUCGAAUAACUCAUACAUUUGCUUUACCUUCAGCAAUAAGUACAAUUAAAGAUCACACAAUCAACGGUAUACCAUGGCAAGCAUUAAUAUGUCUUAAUUCAUAUGAUUGUGAGAGACGUUUUUAA